AGCUGAUCCAGAACGGCCGGCUGCUGACGCUGCCCCUGGUGGCCGGAGACCUGCACUCGCUGCUGCCUGACGAAGACCGGAGGCGUCUGUAUGUGGCCAUGAAAGAUAACCUUCUGUCUACCAGCCUGGACGACAUAACACAAAACCCACGCAAGCUGUACUGGCCAGCCAGUCCGGACCGGGUCCAAGAAUGUCUCAUGGCUGGGAAGGAUCCAGAGCUGGAGUGUGCAAACUUCCUGCGAGUUCUGCAGCCUUUUAAUCAGACUCACCUGUACGUGUGUGGAACUGGAGCCUUCAACCCGCGCUGUGCGUUCAUAGCCACCAGCGUUUUCCAUCAGUCCGAGCACCAGACUCUCUCCUACAGCCAGACAGAGUGUGGAAAAGGAAAAUGCCCGUAUGAUCCGUUCCAGAAAACAGCCUCCUCCAUCGUCGACGGAGAACUGUACGCCGGCAUCACCUCGGACUUCAUGAGCCGGGACUCGGCAUUCUUCCGUAGUCUCGGCAGCCGUCACGUCAUCCGCACAGAGCAGUACGACUCCACCUGGCUGCAGGAUGCCCAGUUUGUGCGGGUAGCGCCGCUGUCUGAAACUGAUAACCCAGAAGACGAUAAGGUCUACGUGUUCUUCACUGAGCGCGCUCAGGAGGCCGAGGGAGCUGCUGGGAAGGUGCUCUACUCCAGAGUGGCACGCGUUUGCAAGAACGACAUCGGAGGCCAGAGGAGUUUAGUCAAUAAGUGGAGCACUUUCCAGAAGGCUCGUAUGGUUUGCUCAGUUCCAGGACCAGACGGACUACAGACGCACUUCGACCAGCUGCAGGACAUCUUCAUCCUUCAUGGGAAAGACAAGAAGAACCCUCUCAUCUACGGCCUGUUUACCACUUCAAGUGAUAUCCUCAACGGUUCGGCCGUGUGCGUCUAUCGAAUGGAGGACGUUGUUCGAGCUUUUAAAGGAAACUUCCUGCACAAAGAGGGGCCUCAGUACAAAUGGGCCGAGUUCACAGGGAAGGUGCCCUAUCCACGACCAGGAACGUGUCCCAGCAGCACAUAUGGAAGCUACAGCUCGACCAGAGAAUAUCCCGACGACGUCAUUUUCUUCAGCAGGACUCAUCCACUACUGCAGGAGAACGUGCUACCGCUAGGAGAGCGCCCCCUCCUGGUCAGAGUGGGAGCUCACUACAAGUUCAGCAAACUGCUGGUGGACAGAGUGGAGGCCGUGGAUGGCACCUACGAUGUCCUGUUCAUCGGCACAGACUCGGGACUCGUGCUGAAGGCCAUCCAUCUGCCCAGAGAACACGGUCAGAGUCAGGAGGUCACUCUGGAGCAGCUGCAGGUCUUUCAG